AUGGGUUUCAAUACGUUUGGUUCUCUUCUGGUCUCGCUCCUCCUGAGCACUGCGGCUCUCUCAGCUGAGGUGCCCACCAGUGCUCUGGGUGACCGAAAGCCCUUCUCGCCUCCGAGCCGAAGGUUCGCUGUCCAAUUCUCAUUUUCUGGCUCCGCCAAGUUCAGGAAGCGCGACGGCACCCCUGAUACAGAAGGCUUCUUCGAGAGCCUCCAACUGACGAACAACACAGCCAAGCCCGCUCUCAACUUCACUUCUGAGAUCUUCCACGGCGCCUCUUUCGACUUGGUGAACCACACCGCCAGUUCUCUGCAGCAGAUUGAGGAACUCCCGGAGGUUGAGAAGCUCUGGCCGGUUUCCGUUGUGAAUGCCCUGAAGCCCAAUGCAUCGGACAUUUCCUCUGAGCCUUUACCUAAAUGGGACCCGCAUACGCUCACCGGCGUCAAUAAGGUCCAUAAGCUAGGCCACAGUGGUAAGGGCGUUGUUGUCGCCAUCAUCGACACGGGUAUUGAUUACAACCACCCGUCUCUUGGCGGCGGCUUCGGCGCAGGCUUCAAGGUCGAAGGCGGAUAUGAUCUCGUGGGCGAUGACUACGAGGUUGGCGGUGAGUAUGUGCCUGAUGAUGAUCCCAUGGACUGUGCGGGACACGGAACGCACGUUGCUGGUAUCGUUGCCAGCUCGCACAAGGAUCUGCCUGGUGUUGCGCCUGAUGCCCGCCUGCGCAUCUACAAGGUGUUCGGAUGCGGCGGGAGCAGUAUGGAGGAUGUCAUCGCCCAGGGUUUCAUCAAGGCACAUGAAGAGGGCGCCGAUAUCAUUUCGGCCUCGUUGGGCUCGAACGCCGGGUUUCCUGAAAACAUUUUGGCGACUGUUGCCUCGAACAUCCAGGCCAAGGGAACCUUUGUUACUGUUGCCGCUGGAAACAGCGGAGAACUGGGUCCCUUUUACACCAGCAGUGCUGCCAACGGCUUUGGCGUUACUGCGGUCGGCAGCGUCGAGCACACACAGACAGCCGCGUUUACCUUUACUGCUAGAUCCAGCAGCAAUGAAACUCGCGAGAUGUUUUAUGUGAGCUCCGAUACCGCUCAGUGGGUUCGUAACGGCAGUUUCCCCGCCCACUUCCUUGAUCAGAACUACACCGGCCUCGACUCUUGCGACAUAUGGGAGUUCCCCGGCGUCUCAUCAGAGAGCGUCUUGGUGUUGCCACGAAGCACCUGCAUCUGCGAGUGCUGGCAAGUUCUCGACUCCAACCUCUUCGGCACCAGCGUCAAGUGGGUGUUUUACUACAACUUCGAGGGUGCUCCUUGGGAGAUCCCCAACCGCAGCGUUUACAACCCUCCAGAGCAACCCCUAGGAUUCGGCCUCCUCAGCUACGAAGACGGCCAGUGGCUCAUCAAGCAGAAGGAGCUCGGUCGCAAGGUCACUUUCGAGUUCGUCGCCAACGGAGGCAAGGCCGUCGCCAUCCCUGGCGUCAACUCCGAGUCCAUCGCUGGCGCCAUCGACUUCUUCUCCUCGUGGGGCCUGACUGUCGACGGACGUCUGAAGCCCGAGAUCUCCGCUCCUGGUAGGACUUUGAGUGAGAAAGCUUUCGACGCAGGCUAA